GACAAUAAAACAAACACUCGCACUCACAUGAGCGGCACCCUUUCCUCUCUGCAUUGCUUUUCAACUGCUAAGCUUCCAUUUUCCUUUUUCUUUUUCUCUCAGCUCGUCUUAUCUUCUUCAACCUUUUUCCUGCUUUGCUUUUUGCCCCAUCUUAACAAAUUUAUAUCUUAUUUUAUGCUAAAAUAUAAAAACCCUAGUUGUAAUAGUACUCUUCUCCGGAUCUACAUUGCUGUACAUUUAGAACAACCUGCAUUGUCUACUAGAUCCAACAAUUAUCUUUCUCUACCUCUAAUUCUCAUACCUACUUAUCUGCCGAACCUUGUUCUUUAACUAGUAUUGUAGCUUAAAAUGGAGGACCCCGAAGCACAACCUGGUGAAGAUCCGGUGAUAAAGCCCCUAAAUUUGGACCACCAUUUCGCUGAAAGUCCUGCAGAAAGUGUGACUAAGGUUGCUAAACCUGGGAAAUCUAGUGAAGCAGCAAAGCCAAAAGUCUCAGCACCGGCUAAUUCAACCAGAAAGAGAAGUGAUACUAGAAAUGGAUCUGAAUUAAGUUCAGGUUUUGCUAGAUCAACUGUAUCUUCUUCAUUGAGAUCAUCCAAUUCUGUUGCCGUGACAAGAAGGAACAGCACAGGAGGCUUGUCUGAGAAGUCACCAGCCUCUACUGCAAGACAGCAAAACAAUACUAGUUCUAUUGCAGGCAAGAAACCCUCCACCCUGUUGGCUACUGAGUCAGUUAGGCGGUCCCUACCAGAACUCAGAGGAAGUUCACUGUCUUCAUCGGCAACAAAACUAACACCCCGAGCAAACCUUUCAGAGACUAGGAAGUUGGUUCCAGUGUCACCUGUGGGUCGAAGUUUAAGUACAUCGACUGCGUCUGGUACAAGUAUACAAAAAACUCUGAGAAAGUCCACUGUAAAGCCAUCGUCGUCAGCCUCUUCAUCCUUGAAAAAGAUUAGUUCUUCAUCACUGGACAGCACUGCCAGUAGCGCCAGCAAGAAGACAAUCUCAAAGGUUUCUUCUCCAAUCACACGGUCACCUACAGUAUCCAGUGGUUUAAGAUCUGGGUCUUUGUCAUCAUCCCUGGAUAGGAGUUCUAAUUUAUCUGGGCAGAAGAAAGCAGCGACCCCAGAAAGUAGAGAUUCACAUUUCAUUGUUCUUCCUCAGGUGGAGAUCAAAGCUGGUGAUGAUGUGAGAUUGGAUCUUAGGGGCCAUAGAGUGCGCAACCUUAAUGCUGGUGGGUUGAACUUGUCACCAAAUCUAGAGUUUGUUUAUCUCAGAGACAAUCUCUUAUCAACACUGGAAGGAGUUGAAAUAUUGACACGAGUGAAGGUUCUUGAUUUGAGCUUUAAUGAUUUCAAAGGGCCUGGAUUUGAACCUCUUGCGAAUUGCAAAGCCCUACAGCAAUUAUAUCUUGCUGGGAAUCAAAUCACUUCACUUAUAAGUUUACCUCAGCUACCGAACUUGGAGUUUCUCUCUGUUGCUCAAAACAAGUUGAAAUCCCUUGCAAUGGCAAGUCAACCUCGACUACAGGUUUUAGCUGCCAGCAAAAAUAGAAUAUCAACUCUAAAGGGUUUUCCCUAUCUUCCGGUUCUUGAGCAUUUGCGAGUGGAGGAGAACCCUAUACUUAAGAUGCCUCAUUUGGAAGCAGCUUCCAUUUUACUUGUUGGGCCGACCUUGAAGAAAUUUAAUGAUAGAGAUCUUUCCCGAGAUGAGCUAGCACUUGCAAAGCGUUAUCCUACACAUACGGCUUUGUGCAUUAGGGAUGGUUGGGAGUUUUCUCGUCCAGAGCAUGCUGCAGACUCAACAUUUCGCUUCCUGUUUGAGCAAUGGAAGGAUCAUUUUCCUCCUGGUUAUCUGCUUAAAGAAGCCUCUAUUGACAAACCUUUUGAAGAGGAUGCUUGUCGCUGUCACAUAGUUUUUGUUCAGGAGAGCACGUUGAGCAUUGACUCAGAUAUAAUCUUAAAGUAUAAAUGGUUUCUGGGUGAGAGAACCCUUUCGAAUUUCACUGCUAUUCCUGAUGUCAAUGGUGAGGUUUACUGGCCGAAGCAUGAAGACAUAAAUAAAAUAUUGAAAGUGGAAUGCAUUCCAGUUUUAGGGGAAACCGAGUAUCCUUCAAUUUUUGCCAUAUCAUCUCCAGUUGCGCGAGGGAAUGGAGUUCCAAAGGUUGUAAACCUUGAAGUACAUGGAGAACUGGUGGAAGGUAAUGUAAUCAAGGGUCACGCUAAGGUUGCAUGGUGUGGUGGGACUCCUGGGAAGGGUGUUGCUAGCUGGUUAAGGAAAAGAUGGAACAGCAGCCCGGUGGUAAUUGCUGGAGCAGAGGAUGAAGAGUAUCAAUUGACCUUAGAUGACAUUGACUCCAGUUUGGUCUUUAUGUAUACUCCAGUAACAGAAGAAGGUGCCAAAGGGGAGCCUCAAUAUAAGUAUACUGAUUUUGUAAAAGCAGCUGCUCCAUCCGUUAAUAAUGUCCGAAUUGUUGGGGAUGCUGUAGAAGGGAAUGUCAUCAGGGGAGUUGGCAAUUACUUUGGAGGAAGAGAGGGUCCGAGCAAGUUUGAGUGGUUACGCGAGAAUAAGGAGACUGGAGACUUUCUGAUAGUGACAAGUGGUACACCUGAGUAUAGUUUGACGAAAGAAGAUGUUGGGCGACGCUUGGCUUUUGUAUAUAUACCUAUAAACUUUGAGGGACAGGAAGGGGAAUCUGUGUCAAUAGUCUCUGGUACUGUGAGGCAAGCUCCACCAAAAGUAACAAAUGUUAAGAUAAUUGGCGAUUUGAGGGAGAACAGUAAGAUUACUGUGACCGGUGCUGUCAUGGGAGGUACGGAAGGUUCAAGCAGAGUACAGUGGUUUAAGACAAAUUCGUCAACGCUCAAUGGUGAGAAUGAGCUUGAAGCAAUGAGCACGUCCAAAGUUGCUAAGGCAUUCCGCAUACCAUUAGGAGCAGUUGGCUGUUAUAUUGUUGCAAAAUAUACUCCGAUGACUCCUAAUGGUGAAUCUGGUGAAUCAGUUUAUGUCAUAACGGAAAGAGUAGUGGAGACUCUUCCCCCCAGCCUGAAUUUCUUAUCUAUCACGGGUGAUUAUAGUGAAGGUGGUAUACUGACAGCAUCAUAUGGCUAUAUAGGGGGUCAAGAAGGAAAAAGUAUCUACAAUUGGUACCUUCAUGAGGUUGAAAAUGACAUGGGCACUCUGAUUCAUGAGGUUUCUGGGCUUCUUCAGUAUCGUGUAACCAAAGAUGCAAUUGGUAAAUUUAUCUCCUUUGAGUGUAUUCCAGUGCGUGAUGAUGGGAUUGUAGGUGAGCCAAGAACCUGCUUGGGACAGGAACGUAUUCGUCCUGGAAGCCCGAGAUUGCUUGCUCUUCAGAUAGUUGGAGAUGCUGUUGAAGGAACUAUUUUGAGUGUUGAGAAAAACUACUGGGGUGGUGAAGAGGGUGAUUCAGUUUUUCGUUGGUUUCAGACUAGUUCAGAUGGUUCGCAAUGUGAGAUUAGGGGUGCUAGUGGCUCAUCAUAUAUGCCGACAGUUGAUGAUAUUGGUUUCUUUAUUUCAGUCUCAUGUGAGCCUGUGAGAAAUGACUGGGCUCGUGGUCCCAUUGUUCUUUCUGAACAAAUUGGACCUAUAGUAGCUGGUCCACCUACUUGUCAGUCUCUGGAGUUUCUUGGAUCAAUCAUGGAGGGACAACGUUUGAGCUUCAUUGCUUCAUAUAUUGGAGGGGAGAGGGGAGAUUGUUUACAUGAAUGGUUUAGGCUGAAAGCCAAUGGGAUCAAGGAGAAACUAAGUAGUGAUGAGUUUAUUGAUUUAACUCUUGAUGAUGUGGGAAGAAGUAUUGAACUUGUUUACACUCCCAUACGCAAAGAUGGAAUCAAAGGGAAUUCUAGGAGCAUAAUAUCUGAUGAGAUUUCUCCCGCGGAUCCAGUAGGUUUGGCCCUAGUCAUUCCUGAUUGCCAUCAGAACCAGGAGAUUGUCCCACAAAAAACAUAUUUUGGUGGACAGGAAGGUGUUGGAAAGUAUACUUGGCAUAGAACAAAGACCAAGCCAAAUGGGUUGGUUUUGACAGAUAUAUCUAGCUCUUCUGAAGAUGUUGUUAUGUGCGGUCAGACAUUCAGCACGUAUACUCCAUCACUGGAAGAUGUGGGUGCUUAUUUAGUACUACAAUGGCUACCCACUCGUGUCGAUGGUCAAUCUGGAAAGCCAUUAGUUGCAAUUUCUAGCUCAGCAGUUAUCCCAGCACCUCCAGCAGUUUCCAGUGUUCAUGUUAAGCAGCUGACUUCAGGAAUAUAUUCUGGGGAGGGUGAAUAUUCUGGUGGCUACGAGGGAUCAAGUCUCUUUAGUUGGUAUAGAGAGACAAGUGAUGGAACAAUCAUUCUCAUCAAUGGGGCUAACUAUAAAACUUAUGAGGUCACUGAUGCAGAUUACAACAGUCGUUUGUUGUUUGGGUACACACCAGUUCGAUCAGAUUCAGUUGUUGGAGAACUUAAGCUGUCUGAACCAACUGAAUUUGUUUUCCCUGCUUCGAUUAUGCAAGUUAUGAUUCAAGCCUGUUUACUGAGUUAUACUUCAUACCAGCAACCAAUGGAUGUUAGCACUGUUUUGGUAUAUGAAAGGGGAGUACUACUAGAGAGCAUAGAAUUUCUAUCCAAUCUUCCAUCCCUCCUCCUAGCACAGCUUCCAAUGGUAGAGAUGCUUGCUCUUACUGGGAAGGCAAUAGAAGGUGAUGUACUAACUGCAGUUGAAGUGAUUCCAAAAAGUGAAACCCAACAAUGCGUCUGGAGCAAGUACAAAAAAGAUGUGUGCUACCAAUGGUUUUUUUCAUCAGAAACAGAAGAUAGAAAAUCCUUUGAGCCCUUACCAUCACAACGCUCCUGCUCUUUUAAAGUUUGCUUCGAGGAAAUUGGUAGAUGCCUAAAAUGUGAAUGUAUUGUGACGGAUGUGUUUGGAAGGUCAAGUGAGCCAGUUUAUGCUGAGACUGCUCCUGUAUUGCCAGGGAUUCCUAGAAUUGAUAAGCUAGAGAUUGAAGGGAGGGGCUUUCAUACCAACUUAUAUGCUGUACGUGGCACUUAUUUUGGAGGAAAAGAAGGAAAAAGUAAAAUUCAGUGGCUUAGAUCGAUGGUUGGUAGUCCUGAUCUUAUCUCCAUACCAGGUGAAACAGGGAGGAUGUAUGAAGCAAAUGUUGAUGAUGUGGGGUACAGGUUGGUUGCUAUUUAUACUCCAUUCAGGGAGGAUGGCAUUGAGGGACAACCUGUUUCUGCAUCAACUGAGCCAAUUGCAGUCGAGCCUGAUGUUUAUAAAGAAGUAAAACAGAAGCUUGAUCUUGGAUCUGUAAAGUUUGAGGUAUUAUGUGACAAGGAUCGCAACCCAAAGAAGGUCCCAGGAGAAGGGUGCCUUGAGAGAAGAAUCCUGGAAAUUAAUAGAAAACGAGUUAAGGUUGUAAAGCCGGGUUCAAAGACUUCUUUUCCUACUACCGAAAUACGGGGAACCUUUGCUCCUCCUUUUCAUGUGGAGGUUUUUCGUAAUGACCAACGCCGACUUAGGAUUGUGGUGGACAGCGAGAACGAAGUAGACCUCAUGGUGCAUUCGCGAUACAUCAGGGAUGUUAUUGUUCUUGUGAUCCGUGGUCUUGCUCAGCGGUUCAAUAGUACAUCUCUUAAUUCUCUCCUUAAGAUAGAGACAUAAAAUUUGGUCAGAAAAUAUAAACGCAUCAAAAAGCAAUCAAUUGUAAGUUUCCUUUUUUUAGGUCUGUGUGCUUUCUCACCCAAAGGUCUUUUUGUUGGUGCCAUUGCCAUCUUCAUUGUUUUUAGCUUGUAAGCAAUUUAUAUAUAUAUAUAUAUUAUCCAGUGUUGGGUUUUCAAAGCAUUAGGGGAGCUGCAGGUGUUUCACUUGUGCGUAAUUCAUUAUUUAAAUGACGAUAUUCUACUCUAUUCGCAAGAA